GAGAUGCGCCAGCACCGACGGUUCCUUAAGAAUACGUCUCUACCACCUACUAUACCUACUAGUAGCUUAAUGGACUGCGCGGAUAAGGGGGUUAAAUAGGUGGAUUCCAUUUCGGCACAAUAUUGGAUUUGGACCUCAUUGUACAGACAAGACAAGCGCAACGAUGCGGCGGUAAAUGCUGACACACCAGCUGCCAGUGGGCUAUUUGUGAAGGACUACGGACACGGGCACGCCCACGGGCAGACACAAAGGGGUUCCGAGUGCCCGGCAGACAGUCUCACCAUGUCGCAAUGGUUACAACGAAACACCUCUCCAACAGUGCAGCUCGGACUCGCAGCGACGGCGGGCGCGGUCGUGGCAGCGUCGAUGAUUUUCACGGCAACGACGAUACACCGGCUUCGAGCGACCAAAGAGCUGAAAGCCUCGAUCCCCGACAUCUCGGCUGAGCAUCAUGCAAUCCCCCUGACGGAAUAUGGCGGACCGGUCAGGGAGACAUUGACGAACAAGGAAGAUGAAAGAGCAGCGAAGAUCGCGGCGCGGGCCCGCAAGGGCGAUUACGACGAAGAACUGAUUCUGGAACAACUGGCUCGGAACCGGGUGUUUCUGAAGGACGAAGGGUUGGCGAAAGUGCGCGAAGCGUUUGUGGUGGUGGUCGGCCUUGGAGGCGUGGGCAGCCAUUGUGUGGCAGCAUUGGCCCGAAGCGGUGUGUCACGGAUACGCAUCAUUGACUUUGACCAGGUCACCUUGAGCAGUCUGAACCGACAUGCUCUGGCUACGCUCGCGGACGUGGGCACGCCCAAAGUGCACUGUGUCAGGAGACGGCUUGAGCAGAUCUGCCCGUGGGCGAGGAUCGAUUGCCGGAACGAACUGUUGAGCUCCGAGUCCACCGAGCCGUUACUGGGGAGUUGGGACUACGAACUGAGAGACGACGAAGACGCCCGAGAACCGGAUUGGGUUGUGGAUGCCAUUGACAACAUCGACUCGAAGGUCGGACUGUUGCAGUACUGUGCUGUCAACGGCAUCAAAGUCAUCAGUGCCAUGGGCGCAGGGUGUAAGAGCGAUCCGACGCGGAUCCAAGUCGGAGACAUCUCGACAAGUACAGAUGAUCCCUUAUCCAAAUCGACCAGGCGUCGAUUGAGGCUGAAAGGGAUCAAGGAGGGCAUCCCUGUGGUCUUCUCGACCGAGAAGCCUGGCGAGGGCAAAGCCGAGCUGUUGCCCAUCGCCGAAGAGGAGGUGGAAAAGGGGUCCGUUGACAAGCUCGGCGUCCUACCUGAGUUUCGUGUCAGGAUACUCCCUGUUUUGGGUACAAUGCCUGCCGUGUUCGGCUAUACUGUCGCCAACCAUGUCCUUUGCAGCAUAGCGGGAUAUCCGAUGGAUUAUCGCCUCGGCGACAAAGGCCGGGACAAGAUGUACGACGGCAUGAUGUCGGCUCUGCAAGGCUUGGAAGAGAGAUUGGUUCGGUCGGUGGGCGGACAGGAUGCCGUUGGUCUACGGAUCCCCAUCAACAAGGACGACAUCUCGUAUCUGGUGGAAGAGGUGUUUCGCGGCAAGAGUGUGGUCAGCGGUCUUGGGACCCGACUGGCCCUGAUUCGCUGGCGCAAGCCUCCUGGUGGGUUCAAGAUUGACCCAGAAUAUCUGCCUGAGGGCCAGAAGAUGAUUAAAUUACAGCUGACUGAUUUGGUCAUGAUGACCAAAGAAGAGGCCCAGAGGCAUGAGAAGCUGGUGCUCCGUGGAGAUGCCACACCUGAAGACAUUUAUGAUUCUGAUGUACUUCUUCUCGUCAAGAAGCGCCAUGAUGAAGAGAGGUCAUACGAGAGGUACAGAUGAUUUAGCUCAUGGAUCUGAUCUGCAAAUUCUGCCGGUGUCGACAUUGGAGCUAUUGCCACUGGAUCAUACGAAUCAGUCGGAUGUAUUUUAUCACUACAAGAGGGAAACAGAGAAACCGAAUCAGAGCAAGGUAUGUAACAAGGAAUGGGAAUGAAGAAAGAACACGACCGACCCAGCCGGGAGAUAAAUCGGUCCGAUAUACAAUAUACUGUACAUACCACUCUACUCUAGAGGAAGUGGGAUCGAUUGCAGGAAAACACUGCACGUUUCGCAAGUAUACUUAUUCAGAAACAUUACAGAUCUCCCAUGGGACUGGUACCUAGACACCUAGUAUGAUGAAGGUAAGUCCACUCCAGCCUGUCGACAGCCUAGCCUAGCCAUUCCUUGCGUAGCUUGUCUCUUCCGCUCUGAUCGGUAGGUACUGUA